AUGGCGAGCGAGGGUGGAAAUAAUAACGGGGAGAGUGGAGAAGGACACAAAUUGAUGACGAGUGAGAGUAGUAGCAGCAAAGCUUCUGAAGAAGCACAACAAUCUUCACAACGUCCUGAGCCUUCAGGAAGUACUGGAGCCCACGAUAAAGAAAAUGCUAGAGGUGACCAAGAAGAAAAACGAGCUACAGCGAAAUCUCGACGUUCAACGAGUCAGCGUCGUGAAGCAGGGAAGUUGCAAGAGCAGAGGAAAACAACUGAAGAGAGUAACAAAAAUAAAACUCAUGAAAGUGGGGGCUCUAAAAAAAACCAUUCCAAAGAAGAUGCGAGAAAAUUCAAAGGAAAUGGUGGCAGAAAGGCGGCGAAAAAGGCGUUCCACAAAAGUGAAGAAAACUUGUCCAGUUCAGAGACAAAAACUGUGAAAAAGCCACAAAAAGGAUCUCCGAGCAGGAAGAGAAGUAAAAGUGUUCCAAGAAAAAUUAAAAUGAAUAUGGGAACGGAAGGUAAUGCCGUACAUGAGUUGGAGGAUAUUAUUGUUACUUUUGGGAAAGGUGAACACCAGGAGUACUUCAUUGCUCACGCACCAGACGAGUCUAGGAGGCACGCAAGGGCAGGUCGCAAAGGAGAUGUGAAAGAAAACGGAAAGAACGAAAGUAAGGAAUCCGAUAAACCACCACCAGAAAGCAAAAAACUUACCAGGAGAAGUUUGGUAAAGCGGUAUUUGUUGGGUAGGCUGAAGGAUACCGAUAGUUCAGGUAAGAUUGUUUGCAAAUAA